AUGCUCGGCUCGAUCGCCAACCUCCAACCGCGCCAGCUGGCCGCCCAGGUUCUCAACUUUGCACUAGUACUCUCGACGGCGUUCAUGCUAUGGAAAGGUCUCUCAGUGAUUACCAAUUCCUCCUCACCAAUCGUGGUCGUUCUCUCGGGAAGUAUGGAGCCAGCUUUUCAGCGCGGUGACCUACUGUUCCUUUGGAAUCGUGGCAUGGAAACACAAGUUGGCGAAGUGGUAGUCUACAACGUGCGAGGCAAGGACAUUCCGAUCGUACACAGGGUCAUCCAACGAUUCGGCGGAGGAAGCGCACCAUUACAGCUACUGACCAAGGGCGACAACAAUGCUGCGGACGAUACCGAGCUUUACGCACGCGGGCAAUCAUAUCUUAAUCGAAGGCAGGACGUCAUAGGCAGCGUGCGCGGUUACAUCCCGUUGGUCGGAUAUGUAACGAUCCUGCUCAGCGAGUACCCGUGGCUGAAGACUGCCAUGCUGAUUUUCAUGGCGUUGACUGUUGUCCUGCAGCGAGAAUGA